AUCAUCCGGGUGACCGGCCGGUCACAGAGGAUCCAAGAUGGCGACUCACAUGUCGAGGUGUAAAACCUGGAGUCGCGUUCAAAGGUUUGGGAUCGCAGCCUACAGAAAAUACAGCAGUGGUAGCCGAUACCCAAAUAUCUCCCUGUCUGAACCGCUGCCUGGGAUCCCCAAACCACUAUUCGCAUCUGGAGAUGGUCUGGAAAAAUACGAGACCAGGAUCACGACUCUAGAAAACGGCCUCAAAGUCGCUUCCCAAAACAAGUUUGGUCAAUUCUGCACAGUUGGAAUUUUAGUAAAUUCUGGAUCCAGACAUGAAGCAAAGUAUCCGAGUGGAGUAGCACACUUCAUAGAGAAACUCGCCUUUUCUUCCACAGCUCAGUACGGGAGCAAAGAUGAAAUUCUCCUCACGUUGGAAAAACACGGAGGGAUAUGUGACUGCCAGACGUCGAGGGACACCACCAUGUAUGCAGUGUCUGCGGAGGUGAAGGGUCUGGACACGGUGGUCAGCCUUCUCUCUGAUGCUGUUCUCCAGCCUCGCCUGCUGGAUGACGAGAUCGAGAUGACCAGAAUGGCCGUACGCUUUGAGUUGGAAGAUCUAAACAUGAGGCCAGACCCUGAACCUUUACUCACUGAGAUGAUCCAUGCUGCCGCAUAUCGAGGCAACACCGUCGGACUGCCUCGCUUUUGUCCUGUGGACAACGUGGACAAGAUUGACAAGAACGUGCUUCACAACUACCUGCGUAACUACUACCGUCCCGAGCGGAUGGUGCUGGCGGGCGUGGGCAUCGAGCACGAGCAGCUGGUGGAAUGUGCCAGGAAAUACCUGCUGGGCGCCAAGCCGGUGUGGGGGACAACGGCCGUGGCCAACGUGGACCUCUCUGUUGCGCAGUACACUGGUGGCAUCGUCAAGAUGGAGAAGGAUAUGUCAGAUGUGAGCCUUGGCCCCACCCCGAUCCCAGAGCUCACCCACAUCAUGAUCGGCCUGGAGAGCUGCUCCUUCCUGGAGGACGACUUCAUCCCACUCGCGGUGCUCAACAUGAUGAUGGGUGGAGGUGGCUCCUUUUCGGCAGGAGGACCCGGGAAAGGCAUGUUCACCCGCCUCUACCUGAACGUGCUCAACAGGCAUCAUUGGAUGUACAAUGCCACCGCCUACCAUCAUAGCUAUGAGGACAGUGGUCUGCUGUGUAUCCAUGCCAGUGCGGACCCC